UUGAUGGCCUGUUGUUCACAUGUAAACACUGGUCAUGGGGCUGAAUGAACACAGGAGUGUUUUGUUCAGGAGGUCAUGGAGAGACUGAUCAGUGAUCAGGGACUCAUUCGUUUCACUUGAGUACAGCGGUUUAGAUGGAAAACCCAACAUGGACCUACUGAGGCCUGUUCAACCUCAGAUUGAGCUUCAGAUCUGAGAUCAUCGACACGCAGCAGGAGCUUUGAUGAAGAUCUUCUCGUCUCAAUCUUGAGAUUCACUGACACUCAGUUUCUAGGAUUGUUGCACGGUCAGCUGAUUUGCCACGCACUGUUGUCAUAUCCUGUCAGACAGAAAUGAGAAGUCUGCAUUGAAGGAACGAAAGGAUCAGUCCUUAUUUCCUCUUAAACGCUGAUGAACUAUUGAACAGGAGCCGCUCAGAGAUGUUUGCGCUCCUGCUCCUCUGCGGGAUCCUGUUCGCUCAAGCUCAGGGUUGGUCUGAGCCACGGAUCAGACCGAACUCUGGAGCUCUGCUCGGUACGUAUCUGAUUCUCGACUCUGGUUCUCCUCUUCAUCUGAUCUGUGAAGGUGAUGGUCCAGUCACAUGGCUUCCCCGACUGGCCAAACACAAGAAAUUCAUCUCCAAGGAAAUCGGAAAUGUCCGGAGUUUCCACGUGGAAAAAGCCACGGCCGAUUUUACAGGAACUUACAAGUGCGUCUAUAUAAACAAAAAUGAUUCAAACGAGUCAUCUUGGGUUCAUGUGUUUGUCAGGGAUCCCCAAAUUCUCUUCGUCUCCCCGGGUACGUCUCACCGUUAUGUACGGAAAGAAGGUGAAGAUCUAAUGAUCCCGUGUCUUCUGACCGACCCCGAUGCCACAGACUUCACCUUCUGCAUGGAUAACGGUUCAGCGGUGCCCUACGGCAUGAACGUGACCUUUGACCCCAGAAAGGGCGUCUUGAUUCACAAUGUUCAGCCUGGAUUUAACGCUGAUUACAUUUGCAGAGCUAGAAUCAAAGGAGUUGAGAAAGCGUCACAGAUAUUCUCAAUAAACAUCAUUCAACGAUUACGUUCUCCACCGUACGUGUUUCUGAAGAGAAGCGAGUAUGUUAAACUGGUGGGAGAGAAAUUUCAGAUCAGCUGCACCACAAACAACCCCAAUUUUAACUAUAAUGUCACAUGGACGCACUCCUCUAGAAAGUUGCCCCAAGCAAAAGAGAACUCGAUGAUGGUAUGGGAUCGGCUGGCCAUCGAGAGCAUCCUGAUCAUACCGGCUGUCCAGCUGUCUGAUUCGGGGAGCAUCACCUGUACGGGUCAGAACGAGGCCGGAGCCAACAGCUCCACCACACACCUGAUGGUCGUGGACGAACCAUACAUUCGACUCUUCCCGAAGAUCUCUUCUGAGCUCACUCAUCACGGUCUGUCCAUCGAGGUGAAAGAAGGCGAUAAUGUGGAUCUCAGUGUUUUGAUCGAAGCAUAUCCACCGCUGAUCUCACACCAGUGGGAGACCCCAACAUCCCACAAUGCCUCACUCCCAGAGAACCGGUUUUACAACUAUAACGACAGGUACCAGGCGCUGCUGUUCCUCAAGAGACUGAACUUCCAGGAAAGCGGCCGCUACACACUCCACGUCAAUAGCGGCAACAAAAAUGCCUCCAUUACUUUUGAUAUUAAAAUGUACAGAAAACCUGUAGCGACGGUGAGAUGGGAGAACGUCACGACUCUGUCAUGCAGGUCUUAUGGAUAUCCAGCUCCCAGCAUCCUCUGGUAUCAGUGCACAGGAAUCAGAACCAGCUGUCCAGAAAACUCCACGGGACUUCAGCCCCUCCAGACGCAGACGCUGGUGUUACAGGAGAAACCGUACGGGUCAGUGGGUGUGGAGAGCGUCCUGACCGUGGGACCGUCCAACCAGAGAAUGACCGUGGUGUGUGUGGCCUUCAAUCUGGCCGGACAAGACAGCGACACCUUCACUAUGGACGUCUCAGAUCAGCUCUUCUCCAGCGCUAUGUGUGGAGCUACGGUCGCGAUGGUGGUUCUAGCGCUGCUGCUCAUCUUUAUGAUCUACAAGUACAGACAGAAACCCAGAUAUGAGAUCCGCUGGAAAAUCAUUGAAGCCACAAAUGGAAACGACUACAUCUUUAUAGACCCAACAAAACUGCCAUACAAUGAGAAAUGGGAGUUUCCUCGAGACAAACUAAAGCUCGGAAAGACUCUGGGAGCAGGAGCCUUUGGGAAGGUGGUGGAGGCCAGGGCGUACGGCCUGGGCGAAGAAGACAACGUCACACGUGUAGCUGUCAAAAUGCUGAAAGCCAGCGCUCAUCCAGACGAGCGAGAGGCUCUGAUGUCGGAGCUGAAGAUCCUCAGUCAUCUCGGGCAGCACAAGAACAUUGUAAACCUGCUGGGAGCCUGUACACACAGCGGUCCUGUGCUGGUGAUCACAGAAUACUGCUGUCAUGGUGAUCUUCUGAAUUUCCUGCGCAACUUCGUCAUGAUGAUUCCGUCUCCGGUGACGGAUUAUAAGAACGUUGACACGGAACGAAUGUUUUUCAGAAGUGACAGUGGGAUUUCCAGCACCUGCUCUGAUCAUUAUCUGGACAUGAGACCAGCCUCCUCCAGACCCACUAACUCAGCUCAGAGUUCUUCUUUGGAUUGCGAGGCUGAAGGUUCGUGGCUGCUGGACAUGGACGACUUACUCCGAUUCUCAUAUCAGGUCGCGCAGGGACUCGAAUUCCUCACUGCUAAAAAUUGCAUCCACAGAGACGUGGCGGCCAGAAACGUGCUCCUCACCAACAGCCGAGUGGCUAAGAUCUGUGAUUUCGGUCUGGCGCGAGACAUCAUGAACGACUCCAACUAUGUAGUCAAAGGAAACGCACGUCUUCCAGUGAAGUGGAUGGCUCCAGAGAGUAUUUUCGACUGCGUUUAUACGGUUCAGAGUGACGUCUGGUCUUACGGGAUCCUGCUGUGGGAGAUUUUCUCACUGGGUAAGAGCCCAUAUCCCAACAUACUGGUGGACUCCAAGUUUUAUAAAAUGAUCAAAUGUGGCUAUCAGAUGUCCAGACCUGACUUUGCACCUCCAGAGAUGUACACCAUCAUGAAGAUGUGCUGGAACCUGGAAGCUGCUGAGAGACCAACAUUCAGUAAGAUCAGUCAGCUGAUCGAGAGGAUGCUGGGAGACACGGCUGAUACACAGGAGACACAGUACCAAAAUUUCCAGUCCAGCGCAGAAGGUGACGAACAGCUAGAGUCAUCUGACCCAGUGAAGCAAGAAGAUGAAUCAUUUGAGACGUCACGUGACCAGAAAGAAGAGGACGAGCCGCUCAUGAAACCCAACAACUACCAGUUCUGCUGAAGGCCUAACUAACCAGCUGAUUAACUAAUGCGCGAUCUUCUGUCUGAACAUCAACAAUAGUUGCACAAUCUGUCCACAAUCACAUGCAUGUGAACAAAGAUCUGAUCUGUCACCAAACACACUCACUUUGGGAUUUUGCACGCUCUGCUUUUGCAGUUCUGCUCUCUUGAAAAUGUCUUGAACUCGUGUGCAGAGUUGAAGCGUGUUUAAAUGAACCGGUUUCAUUUCUCAGCAAAGUCGAAAACCUCCAAACCUCGGAUUUGUUUGUCGUCUGAUGUGCCUUUUUUGAUAACCGUGCAUCUUUCUUGUUACUUGAACUUCUCUGUUGCCCAGGUUGGAAAGCAGUUUGUUCUGCGUUUUAAAUGCAAACGCUACAUGUUCCACUUCCACUUCAUCCUUGAUCUGCCUGUCAGUCGUGCUUCUUCCUUUAAAGUAACUGAAAAUGACCACAGAUACACGUAACUCUUUUUGUGCAGCUAAAAUAACUGGAAUGACACCGGUCAGGGGCGCUGCUAUGGUUUCUGGGCCCCCUGAACAGCAUAUUGAUUCGGGGCCCCCUCCACGAUCGUGUUCUGGUAGGGGAGCAGUGACCCCUGACUCUGCCACAUUCAACUUAUAAAUGGCCACAUUCUUAUGUUAAAAAUAAAGUGAAUAUGCCAGAUACAGCAUAAUAUUCUGCAAUUUGAUUAUUUAUUUAUGUAUUUAUUUAUUUUUUGCAUACAUUUUUUUUUUUUUUCAUUUUAAUUUCGCAUUUGCAAGUUACAAAUGGCCAUGGUCUUACAUAAACAUAGUGUAUACAUCAUAUAUGGCUUGGUCAAUGCAACUACACAAUAACUUUUCACAUUUUGCAUUAAAACUUUUUCUUUCCAAACUUU